ACUGAUGUUGGACUAAAUAACAGGACAGACAGCAUCAUGACCACUUGUUUUUGUUGAAAGGACACAUACUGACUAGAGGGAUUACUAAUGAUCCGGAUUCUGUCUCUGUCUGGAAGUUUGUGAGUGGACCGAGCAGCCAGUAUGGAGGGCGACGGGAAGGUGACGCCCCAGCUGAUGAUGGCUGUGGGGACAGCUGUGAUUGGCUCUCUCCAGUUUGGCUACAACACAGGUGUCAUCAAUGCUCCUCAGAAUAUUAUUGAGAGCUUCUACAACGAGACGUGGAGCAGCAGGUUUUCAGAGCCCAUCCCUCAGACCACUUUAACAGCUCUGUGGUCGCUCUCUGUGGCCAUCUUCUCUGUGGGCGGGAUGUUCGGCUCCUUCUCUGUCGGCCUCUUCGUCAACCAGUUCGGCAGGAAGAACUCCAUGCUCAUGGCCAACGUACUCGCCUUCAUUGCCGCCGUGUUCAUGGGAUUCUCCCAACUGGCUGCUUCCUUUGAGAUGCUCAUCAUUGGCCGGUUCAUAGUGGGUCUCUACUCUGGUCUGUCCACUGGCUUUGUGCCCAUGUAUGUUGAAGAAAUCUCGCCCACGUCUCUCCGUGGAGCGUUAGGAACUCUGCAUCAGCUUGGUGUCGUGAUCGGCAUUCUCAUGGCACAGAUCUUUGGGAUUGAAUCCAUCAUGGGGAAUGCCUCCCUGUGGCCCCUCCUGCUGGGUUUUACUUUCCUGCCAGCAGUGCUGCAGUGUAUCCUGCUGCCCCUCUGCCCCGAGAGCCCCCGGUACCUCCUCAUCAACUGCAACGAGGAGAGCAAAGCCCGCAGCAUCUUGGUGAAGCUGCGGGGAACUGACGACGUGAGUGAGGACAUGCAGGAAAUGAGGGAGGAGAGCCAGCAGAUGAAGAGGGAGAAGAAGGUGACCAUCCCCGAGCUGUUCCGCUCCCCCAUGUACCGCCAGCCCAUCUUUGUUGCCAUCAUGCUGCAGCUCUCGCAGCAGCUGUCUGGAAUCAACGCUGUGUUUUACUACUCAACUGGGAUCUUUGAGCGAGCAGGCGUGUCGCAGCCUGUUUAUGCAACCAUUGGUGCAGGAGUGGUCAACACCGCCUUCACUGUGGUUUCUUUGUUUGUGGUGGAGCGAAUGGGCAGAAGACCACUUCACCUCAUUGGUUUGAUGGGAAUGGCAGUUUCAGCAAUUUUUCUAACUGUUGCCAUGGCGCUGUUGGACCAGCUCAAGUGGAUGUCCUAUGUCAGCAUUGCAGCCAUCUUCAGCUUUGUAGCAUUUUUUGAAAUUGGCCCUGGCCCCAUUCCCUGGUUCAUUGUGGCCGAGCUCUUCAGCCAGGGGCCCCGGCCUGCUGCCAUUGCAGUUGCUGGUUUCUCCAAUUGGUCUGCCAACUUCUUAGUGGGGAUGUGCUUCCAGUAUGUCGAGCAACUCUGUGGUCCGUACGUCUUCAUCAUCUUCACGGUCCUGCUGCUGGGCUUCUUCGUCUUCACCUACUUCAAGGUGCCAGAGACCAAGGGCCGAACCUUUGAUGAGAUUGCAGCAGGCUUCCGCCAGUCGUCUGGCCGCGGUUCUGACAAAUACUCAGCUGCUGAGGAGUUCAGCACCCUCAGGGGGGAUGACCCUGACCUCUGAAAUCUGCCGUACAUGCACACAUUCAAAGCUAACUGUUACACUCGGGGUACACUGCUAGAACGCUAUCAAAUUCAAAUAUCUUAUAAACUAAUGUUAUGCUCAUGUUUACAUAAGAGGUUUAGUCUUCAGACAGACGAUGGAUCGACGGACUGAGGACAUCACUGUUAGUUACUCUGGGCUCUGUCUGCAGCUCAGGAAAUCUGUUUUCAGCUCCUGCCAUCUUGAUGAAAGUGGUAUCUCAGGCUUUAAAAUGAAGUGAGUGAUUAAAUGCAGUGAGAGAGGCUGUGAUGCAGCAGAAAGAGCAGGAUGGGUUUAGACUGUAAAUAUCAUAUUGCAAUAUUCUUAUUCAGAACCUCCCUGUGAACCUACAGUACAUGAUUUGAAACUCUCGUUUUCUAUUUUGGUGUUCAUAGGAUCAGGUUUGAAGUGUUAGAUGGACUGCUUAAAUAUGAGAUCUUAACUUUCCGUUGGUCGCAAGUUCAUUUUGAAAAGUGAACCACAGUUUCACAAGAACAGCAGCAGAUGGAAACUCUGUUAAACUGUUAGAUUUUUGAGCCCAUAUUUGUGUGCUACAAAAAGACAAUUUUUGUGGUGGCACCAACGUGUGCGUGCGUGCGUGCGUGUGAAGGUGAGCUCAGACUGAGCACAAAGUCACCUUCCAUUGUUCGUAUGAAUUUGACGGCUGAGGCUGACAUCCUUAUAGAUGUUGACGAGCUAGUCUUGGUUGUUGUUGCUUGGGUGUUCCAGGAAGUAGCUCAUUAACCAACAUGUGAAAUUGUGCCAAGGAGCAUGUCUUUUCCGUGUGUGUAGUCUUGGCGGCACUGAGCAUACGAAGAGGGGUCCUAAAAACUGUAGCAAUGAUCUUCACCUGGUAGACUGGACUUCUUUAUCCCUCUGUCUGAACCAGUUUUCCAGUAAAUUACUGUGGAGCUCACAGACAACUUUCACACUCAUUUAUACAAAGUUAAAGGAAAAGUUAGACAUUUUGGGGAAUAUGCACUUUCUAUCAGGUGGAGAGACUUAGUUAAAUAAUGAAAAUGUCUGGUGACAAUUUGAUUAGCUAAGAUUUAACCAAAACCCUGAUGUUGUCUGAAUGUAAUCCAAAAUGUUCUUAUGGCCUGAACCUAAACACAUGCAGAGCGCAGCACGUAAACUACCGUCUCCAGUGUGAGACACUAAACUAAGAAAACAAACAGAAUUUAUAAUUUAAUUAUAUAAUUUACUUAAUUCACGUCAGUAUUAUAUAAUUUUCAUCCAAUUUAUGUAUUUUUCUGGCAUGAAUGGCUUUUAUUAUAAUUGAAUCCGCAGGUCAGAGUCUUCUGCCUGAAGAGUAAGAAAGUCAUACGCUAAAUAUCUUUAGCAACCCUUUUCCGCAGUUACAUUUCUAUAUGUAGUGUAUUUGUAUUUUUAACAUCCCUGUCAUAUUAGUGUACACUCAGAGGGCACAAUAUUUUAUAUGUGAUAAUUAACACAGAAAUGCCGGUCGACUUGAACACAGAAUGAAUUAAUGAAUUGUGCUGUGAUUUUCAUGAAGUUGCUGUGUCCAACAGAACUGUACAGUGUUUUAGAAAAUAAAAG